AGGGGUUAUAGUUGUGGCGGUUAUUGAGUUUAAAUAUCUGACAUUCUCCACUGUUUGCCAUCCGUAAACGGUAAACCAGGAAAAGCAAGUCGAGUUAGUGGCUGGCAUGUCAGCCGAAAAGUGCAUCAUCAAUCAGUCAGACUGAAGUCGGUUCACUUCUGUUGAAUUUAGAUGCGAAAUAGAUAGUUUACUGUACAACGCGAUAGGGGAUUGGUGUCGUUUACGUAAACCAAAGAUAUUUUACAAAUGUCGAAUAUUCAAAAAGUGCAACCGAUAUUAUUUUCGACAAUUAGAUCACGUGCAAGUUUAGAAACUUCGGCAAACUGCAUUCCUUCGAGGCCUUAUUUCUCAAUACUUGUGUAUUCGCCGAUAUAGCAAAUUCACUACAUUGAUUAUAACUAGUCGUACGUCGGAAUACCCUACGCUGGCACCCCAUCCCGUUUGCCUCGCUAUUUGCACCAAACGGCACCGCGACUUCGCAGACCUAUUCAUUCCUGCCACUGAAAGUGCUGGUAGAUCGACCCAUCGCCACAGUAAGGUGAACUAGAUUGAAUUCCGUUGAUGGACGCAAAUCAUCAGUUUAUGGACGAUCGCCGCUGUUUUUUUCCGCAUUUACGCCAGUCGACCGGAUUCGGAAUAGAAGCGCAUCGGCCUUCCGGAACCCCCCUGCGGCAGCCCCGGUGCUCGUCCUGUCACUGAGGCUCAGAGGUUCAGUCCGGAGAAGGAGGACCGGAUCUCCGAGCAGACAGGCUGGGGGCUGGGGCCAAACACGGCGAGGAGGCGAGGCUGCUUACAGCGGCCAGCUCCGACGGGGAAGUACCACAGUGCGGAGCUGUGAGCGCCGAUCACCGCCGCUAGUCCGCACAGUCUCAGCCGCGGCGGGGACUCGCUGACGAUCCGAGCGGUCCGGACUCCAGCAGCAACUUUCCACGGCAUCGGCCUCCGCUUUCAAUACAGUAACUUUAUAUGCGAACGGCGUCGGUUUUGGAAACUAUCUGGUCCCGGAUCUGUUUGGCGCAGAACAGUUUGUAUGAGGCAGGAGGCGGGCCCUGUGACCCCCACGGACCAAUCGCCUCCAGAGCCAGGCCAGGAGGAGCGUGAGUUCCGCCCACCCGCCCACGGUGAGCCAUCCCUGGCAUGAGAGGCCAGCCCACCUCCCCUGCAUCCCCGGGGCCCCCAGCAGGUGAACACAGGGUGCCAGAGAGAGAGCGUGUGGACUCCUCACACGGCCACCAUGGCUCUUGUCCAGGCCCUGCCUGUCCCCAGUGACCCCUGCAGCUCCGCCAUCAGCGCCCAGUGCCCCCCGUCCCCACCCGCACCGUCGCCCCCUGCUGGUGCCAUGGGCUCUGUCAGCAGCCUCAUCGCGGGGCGUUCAUACCAGGAGCGCCACUCCCGGCCCGGCGACCUUGGGGCUCGGGUUCGCAAGCCCACGCCUGGCACCGGCUGCUUCCGCGGGGGCAGCUCAACAGAGCACCUGGUGGGCCACGAGCCGCCCCCCCCCGGCAGGAGGCAGCCCCCCCCCGCCACCAGUGACGUGUCCAGCUACGCCUACCUGAACGAGGACUUUGUCGGUGACUGGAACGACAACCUUGUGUCGACGGGUGGCCCCGCCAGUGAUGCUGAGGAUGCAGGAGACAUGCGGGUCCUCAACGGGAACAUCGGGGGGCCCCCUCCCAAGCUUGUCCCCGUUUCGGGGAAGCUAGAGAAGAACAUGGAGAAGACGGUGAUCCGGCCCACAGCCUUCAAGCCUGUGCUGCCCAAGAACCGGAACUCAGUGCAGUACCUUUCCCCUCGGCCAGGGGGCACCCUUUCAGAGAGCCAGGGCAGCCUUAACCUUCUCCUGCCAGUGUCCGGUGGCUCGCCAGGCUGUGGCGAGAAGCGCGGCUCCUACAGCGGGGGGCGCGGUGGUGGAGGCGGGGGGGGCAGCCAAUCCUGCGCCACGUCCGACUCGGGCCGUAACUCCCUGUCCAGUCUGCCCACGUACAGUAGCACGGGCUACGGGCUGGGGGUGGGGGAGCCCUCUGUGGGCCCCCCGGAGCCAGUCCGGGCUGCUCCCGGCCACUCCACCUCAGACAGUGGGCGUUCCUCGUCCAGCAAGAGCACGGGUUCUAUGGGAGGGCGGUGCCGGCCGCUCUCCGAUGGCAGCUCCAGUGGGGUGCGCUCGCCAGUGCCCGCCGAAGGCUACGAGGGUGUGGUCCGCGACCUGGAGGACAAGCUGCGCGAGAGGGAGCUGGAGCUGCAGCAGCUGCGGGAGAACCUGGACGAGAACGAGGCAGCCAUCUGCCAGGUGUAUGAGGAGAAGCAGAAGCGCUGCGAGCAGGAGCUGGAGGAGCUGCGGCAGAGCUGUGCCAGCCGGAUGCGCCAGGCGUCGCAACGCGCCCAGCGUGCCCAGCAGGUGCUGCAGCUGCAGGUCUACCAGCUGCAGCAGGAGAAGAAAAAGCUGCAGGAGGAUUUCGGGCAGCUGCUGCAGGAGCACGAACUGCUGGAGAGCCGCUGCGCCUCCAUCCAGCGGCAGCAGACGCAGCUGGGCCCCCGGCUGGAGGAGACCAAGUGGGAGGUGUGUCAGAAGACGGGCGAGAUCUCCCUCCUGAAGCAGCAGCUGAAGGACCUGCAGGCAGACCUGGCGCAGCGCACUGGCGAGAUCGUCACACUGAAGGCGCAGCUGCGCGAGGCGCGGGCGGAGCUGCAGGCGGGCGAGGCCCGCGCCCAGGAGGCCCGCGCCGCUGCCCGCGCUCGCACUCUCGAGCUGGAGGUGUGCGAGAAUGAGCUGCAGCGGCGCAAGAGUGAGGCGGAGCUCCUGCGUGAGAAAGCCAGCCGCUUGGAGGAGGAGACGGUACGCCUCCGUGAGGCCCUCGGCCAAUGCAGUGCCGCCAGCCCACCUCCUGGGCGGGCCCCAGUGCUUAGCCCCACCCACCGUGAGGCAGAUGAGCGGCUGCUGGCCUGCGAGAGCGAUGAGGUGAAGGCGCAGCGGCAGGGCUGCGGGCCGGGCGGUGGCACGCAGGUGCUGCGGCAGCAGGUGGAGCGGCUGAGGGCGGAGCUCAUGCUGGAGCGGCGGCGUGGCGAGGAGCAGCUGAGCACCUUCGAGGGCGAACGGCGCGUGUGGCAGGAGGAGAAGGAGAAGGUGAUCCGCUACCAGGAGCAGCUGCAGCAGAACUACGUGCAGAUGUACCGGCGCAACCGUGAGCUGGAGCGCGUCAUGCGGGAGCUCAGCCUGGCACUGGAGAGCCGGCAGCUGGAACAUGCAGCCGUCAGCAAGAUCCACUUUGAGGAGAUCGCCGCCACUGAGAUCUAGGCCUGGCCCUCCAGAACUCUCCUGACGGCUUCAUCCAGAGGCGCCCCAGAGCUCCUGCACCAAAAGAUCCUUCUAUUGUUUCACGUCAACGACAUGUAUUAAAGCACACUGCACACACUGCACACACUGCACACACAGCAAUAAAGCAGUCAGGCAGUAUCCAGGGACGCCUCUUACAGGCAGGGGACUAUUUAUUUAAUUACUGCAGCUCGUCAGGGCAAUUAUCACUUGCUCCUGACACCUGACAUGGCAUAAAGUGGCACCAGAGCAAAGAUGAGAACUGGGCUCGGUUAAAAAUUCAUGCGAGUGCCACUGAGCCGGGUGCGAGGGCCUCACUAGGCAGGUCAGGGCCAGGGCUGAGGGUCAGCUGACACCCCGCAGGGUAUGCCUCACUGAGGGUCAGCUGACACCCCGCAGGGUAUGCCUCACUGAGGGUCAGCUGACACCCCGCAGGGUAUGCCUCACUGAGGGCAGCUUCGCUGAGGUGUCCCCCUUGGGGCUGACUGGCCUUUCGUGUCGUCAGGAUGUCAGACGGCUCAGGAAUGCACCGAGCACAUAGGCAAUGCCGCUUGCACAAGUAGAUUUCUGGUUAGUGACGCGGUUACAUACGAAAAUGCACUAAUCCAUGAAGUUGCUGUUCGGCCAAAGUGGGGACUCGUCCUCCGGUAGGACACAGACGCAGACCUUUCAGAGGGAAGUGGUGCUCGGUAACCAUGCUCAGGGUAUGUGGGGGAACCAGAACAGCGAGUGGGUGGGCUAUGUGGGUCACGCCGGGGACGCCCCACCCAGCCCGCUGGCCCAUGCAGGGCGCGGCCCGGUGUCAUGGCCGCUUUCAUCUCAUAUCUGUCAGACUCGCUUUGCACGUGGCGCGUUGCAGAGGCUACAUGUUACUCGCGGCUAAAAAUGGGACACGGGACACGCCCCACCCCAUCCCAGACAUCCCUAGGGGGGCAGGCGUCUAUCGGCGUGGGUGAGGCGUUCUAUGGGAACGAUCCCCCCCCCAAACCACAUCAUCAUAAAAGCCUCGCUUUAUGGACCCCCAUCGAUUUUCCUUGCUUUUAGCGGGACGGUGUCCGAUAACGUUCCUGGUGAGGCAGGGUUUUUCUUCCGUCAGGCGAAGGCAUUAGCACGCGCCUGGGGAUGGGACACCCAAGCCAGACGCGGAAACGAUACAUAAUUACAAAGAUUAUUCAGAUCAUAAACAGCUAUCACGCGAGCUCCGCGCCUGGCUUCGUGUUACACCAGUACACCCAACUAACUGGCUAGUUUAGCAGUAGCAUAGCAACGGCUGUUCAGGGGCAGAGCGCAGGUGCAGGAUGGCGGGAUGGCGAGGACACCGGUCCGAACCCGUUUGCCAAAUCCCAGCUUUCCCAUCACUGGCUCCAUCCGACCUUGUGGCUCUGGAGGAAGUGGCCGUCUUAACACACAAAGUAGUUUGAAUUUCAGCUCAUUAAGUGCAAACCGAUGAACUUUCUUCAGUGGAAACAUAUAUUAUCCUUUUAUAUAAUGCUGUAUAUUUUUUGGAAGAUAAAUGCCAGCAGAAGAGUAUUUUUGGAAACGUAAAAAAAAAUAAUAAAGUCUGAGUUAGCAGUCGCACAAUUGAGUCCCUCCAGGAAAAGUUUCACUCCGUGAGAAAGGGUUAGAGCUUAAGCGGAAAUAGAAUCCCCGGCUGCUGUAAUGAGAGUGCAGGGAGUGAUUCCCUCACCGACGCGAAACCUGACCCAUUCCUCCACAAAGGCGGCGGAGGAUGAAGGGUGAACACUUAACUCGAAACACCUGUGGGGGCUGUCUCCACGUCGGCGCUGUUUACUCGCCACUCGACCCCCCCGGGAGGGCAGGAAGACUGACAAUAGUAGGAAGAGCUGACAGCUGGAGGGAGCGGAUGGGGGAGGGUGUGGAUGCGCCGGUCGCUGUCCAGAUUUGGACGGCAUUUACCCGGGGUUCAGCUGUUGUCCUCCAGCUGGGACGUCUCAGGAUGUGAGGACAGUGGGGUGGGGGCGACCUCGGGGUCAGCAUCCCUGCCCUCCUUGUACAGUGACUCGUGCAUGGUGACAUAGUAUAGAGCUCUAUGCAGGCACACUAUACCUGUUCCAGGAGACUAGGCACUCUGAUUAGACCAAAGCACCACCACACCUUCGCUGCUCCAUUCUCGUUUUUUUUUUUUGUUUGUUUUUUGCGUGUCUCUUCCCUUCCCGUGUGCUACUCCGUGUGCUGUUUUAUUCACUUUUUAAUCCCAACAUUUAUGUACGCUAGUCAUCCUAUGUAUAUUUUUCAUGCUGUAAAUAUCUUGUAAAAACUGUUUUUAAUAAUAAAAAAAACCUAAGGAAAAUGAA